GCGCAACGCCUUAUCUCCGCCACUUAAUGUGCGCACCUUUUUGUGCAACAUGCAGAUUGCACGAGCCUCCCAUUGGUUGAGUCCAUCUAGUACCCAUUGACAUGACAUGAGAAGUUGGGGAUGGGAUAGCACGUCAGGCCGAAAUACAAUCGGGAUUUUGGCCACAGGAGACAUCUCCUCUUAAGAAGCACUGACCGACGAAGUAACUGGAAAACCAAACCCUUCCUUCCUCUCGAGUCCCCUUUCGCAAACCUACACAACAGAACAAUGGCGUCUGAGGACCUGAAUACCCCCGCCAUGACCGUGCAUGACUGUAGCGUCUUGCCCUCCUACAAUCAAGUGGUGGCCGCCUGGGGCGUUUUUUGCCUGACAUUCACGGGCCAGUCGGAGCUGUCGCACGCUUACAAAGUGCUGGCAGCUCGCACAUACGGUGGUGCAGUACGGGCAUCCAAGUCUGGCAAGCUCAUCACAUGUCGAACUCAAGUGGUGGGAGAAAUCGACGUGGCAGAUGAUAAUGCUGCAGAUGCAGAUGAAGAAAUUGUGGGCAUCAUGCUGGAGACAGCGCAACUGAGCAGCUCACUCUUUGCCCAUCUCCUGAAGGAGAUCAACCCGCGGUUAAGCUCUCUAACCCUCCUUGUGACGCACGGUCAACGUCCCCUUCCUUUCGUCGAGUCGGGGGCGCCGCAACCACAAUUUGUCUGUCGGAUUGAGGGAGGAGCUUACACAUUGCAAACGCACUUGCCGGAUGCCACCAGUGCCGGGGCAGCAGCACAAUUCAACAGCCUUGCCAGCAGGUUCUCCUUUGCGAUUCAGGAGACGGUGGCCCACUGGCAAACUACCAAAACAUUGCAAGAUAUUGACAUUCUUUCCGAUAAUGACACGGCUCAGAUCCUGCAGUGGAACGCGGAGCCAUAUGCAUCCGCGUGCGAGCCAGCGACCGCAACACUGCUCGCAAAGAUCCAGACAACUGCGCGCUUGGCAGGUGACAGAUUGGCUCUGUGCUCUUCCGCACGCAGACUGUCGUAUGCCGAGCUUGACAACAUGUCAGAUCGUCUGGCGGCAGGGCUUCUCCAGUACUCCGGGAGAUUGGGAUCCUUCCUGCCUAUCGUGUGUCAUAAGUCGGCGUUGGCCGUCGUGGCCAUGCUGGCUGCGUGGAAGUCAGGGGCAGCCUUUGCCCUGAUCAGUCCAGACCUUCCGAAGGAGCGCCGCAAAUCUAUGCUCGGGCAGCUCCAGAGUGAGGUGUCACUGCUGGUGGACGAUGAAACGAUUCAGAUUGUCAAUGCCCGGGCCUCCAUAGCCGAUCAGCCUCAUCUUUUGUUUUCUCCCUCACAUCCGUGCCCUAGCAGGCCCGCAGACGCCGGCCUUUUGCCAGGCUGUGGCCUUUCUGAUCCUGCCUAUGUCAUUUUCACGUCUGGAACGACAGGAACACCCAAGGGCGUGGUCAUUGAGCACUGCAGUAUCAGCAAAAGCAUGACCAGUCUCGCGGGCGCGAGCGGGAUGACGGCGGCCACCUGUAUGCUGCAGUAUGCAUCAUACACAUUCGACGCAUGUGUUUUGGAAAUAUUCUCUACCCUAACAGUAGGUGGAGCGGUCUAUAUCCCCACAGAUGUGGAGCGGAACAACCAGCUCCUCAUGUUUGUUCGGGAGCAUGCCCUCAACACCAUGCUGUUAACCCCCAGUGUACUGCAAAUGCUAAAUCCGGAUGAUUGCCCGACCAUUGAAACGGUUUUCACCGGUGGCGAAAAGAUGUCCGCGCUAGUCAUCGAAAAGUGGUCGUCACGGGUGAGACUCAUCAACGCGUAUGGACCGACGGAAACUGCGGUUUUAUGUACCCUGCUAGAUCGGGUCACGACUCUGACCCCUCCGGAAAAACUUGGCUGGGGUCUCGGGGCUUCGCUUUGGAUUGUAGAUGUUGAGGAUCCGAACCGUCUGGUACCGAUAGGAGCUGUGGGCGAACUUGUUGUUUGUGGCAUGACCCUGGCAAGGGGAUACCUCAACGAUCCGAAGCGCACCGCAGCAGCUUUCCUAGAGGAUCCGGCCUGGUUGCCACGCUUGGGUUCCGACAGCAACGUGCCACGACGUGUGUACCGCACGGGCGAUCUGGUUCGAUACGACGCUGAUGGGGCGCUACAUAUUGUUGGUCGGAAGGAUCAGCAGAUCAAGCUACGUGGACAGCGGAUCGAACUGGCCGAGAUUGAGCUUGCCGUGCGUAGCCUUCUUCCCCAGGGUACCGAGUUGGCCGUUGAGGUUGCUCGCACCGGAGGCUCCGGCAGCGCUUUACAGCUCGUGUUGUUUAUUGUGAUCGUGCUUGAAGAUGACUAUGGCGUCCUUGCUACCCCUGGCGUCCUUAGAUCGGAGAAGAUUGUUCGCCAAUUUCGCCUACUGACGACGGAACUAGCGCAACAGCUCGGCGGCUUACUACCCGCCUAUAUGAUCCCAUCAAUAUAUCUUCCGGUGUCAGCACUGCCGUUGACCAGAUCUGCGAAGCUCGAUCGUCAGACCUUGCAGUCAUGGGUCGAGACCUUGUCGGCUGCCGAUCUCACGAGGCUUGCUUCCAGCUCAGGGGUGGAGGGGCCUAGACCUAUGGGCGAGAGGGAAAUAGGGCUGCAGAAUCUGUGGAGUCGGGUUCUUGGCACAUCUGCCGAGCAUAUUCCCCGCAAUGCCCACUUUUUCCGUCUAGGGGGCGAUUCCAUCAAGGCGAUGCAGCUGGUGACAAUGGGGAGGCACGCUGGAAUCGCCACGACAGUCGAGUCCAUCUUCAAAUAUCCCGUGCUUUGGCAGUUGGCUGCCCAUGUUGAUCCUCUGACCGAGAGUGGAGAGGAUAAACUCUCCGACCCGAUAUCAUUCAGUCUCGUGGAUACAUCUGAUAGCCUCUCCCACAUGAGAAUGAGCAUCGAACAGCUGAAGGUAGACGCCUCUGGGCAGUGUAACGUCUCCGCCGAGUCUAUCGAAGAUAUCUAUCCAUGCACGCCUCUCCAGGAGGGCAUGAUGGCCUUAUCGCUGAGAAAUCCCGACGCAUAUACUGCGCAUUUCACAUUCGAAACCCCAACGAUUGACAUCGACUGGCUGCAGCGAGCAUGGCAAGAAGUCUUCCAAAGAACGAGCAUUCUCCGCACCAGAUUUAUUAGUGGUCCAUCUGGAGGUUUUCUCCAAGUGGUUCUUCAUGAUGAACCGGACGCAGUAACGGUUCUUGACCAUCUCGAUCCCUCCAAGACUAGCCAGGGCUUUCAUGUCGCGCUCGGCGCCCGGACUAAUUCAGUUCACCUAUGCCCCAUCGGCAACGGCAGAGGUGCUACAGUCAUUUGGUCGUCUCACCAUGCGACCUAUGAUGCGGUUUCAGUGCGGCACAUAAUCAGCGACGUAGAGGCUCUCUAUUAUCGGCAGCGCCCAUCCCCUUUACGAAGCUUUGCAGCCUUCAUCCGGGAUACUCGGUCAACCAACGUGGCGGCGACACGUCAAUUCUGGAUCAACCAGCUUGAGGGUGCUGAGACCUGCCCAUUCCCGGUGCAGCCCAUGUCGCACGCUGCAAGGGCUACCGCGACACAGUCACGGCAAAUCACUUUCAGACCCCGUGUCAACUGCGACGUGACCACUGCGAAUCUAGCGCGGGCAGCAUGGGCGCUGGUCUUGUCGCAAUAUAGUGGCAGCGAAAGCGUUGUUUUUGGUGUGACGACGAGUGGCCGGAGCCUCCCAAUGAGGGAUAUUGACCUGGUACGUGGGCCAACCAUUGCCACGGUGCCCGUACGUGUGGCGGUGCCUCGCGAGGCUAUCCUCGAGGACUUUUUGUCCAAGACCCAAGAGCAAGCCGUGGCCAUGAUUCCCUUUGAGCAUUUUGGCCUACAGAACAUCCGCGAGCUGAGUCCCAGUGCGCGAUUGGCUUGCGAUAUACGGUCAUUGCUACUGCUGCAAUUCCCAGCGGAUAGCGAACCGGGCCGCGGCCACGGCGGGUUGAUGCGAAGUACUUCGUUUCAGAUGGAAGACGUCUUCACAUAUCCUCUGAAUAUCGAGUGCACCUUCCAUGAAACCCUCAUUACCGUCCGCGCAAAAUUCGACCCCGAUUUGAUGUCGGAUUCCGAAGUGCAGCGGGUCUUGGCGAGCUUUGAUGCGGCCCUUCAAUCCGUCACGCAAUCAGGAGACACUGUGCGGCUUGGUGACCUGAAGCAAAUCAGCACCAUGGACUUCGAACAAAUCUUAUCUUGGAAUAAGAAUGCGCCUGUUCCGGUCACAGUACCCAUUCAUGAAAUUAUCAAAGACCAAGCACGCAGGCAGCCAUUGGCGCCUGCGGUUGCGGCGUGGGACGGCGCCUUGUCGUAUGGGCAAUUAAUGAUCUGCGCCAUAUCGCUGGCGCAAAUGUUACAGCAAGAUAGCCUUGGCAAAGGGCACAUUGUCCCAAUUUGCUUUGAGAAGUCAGUAUGGACGCAGGUUGCCAUUCUAGCUGUGCUCAUGACCGGCGCCACCUUUGUCCUUCUUGAUCCCAAGCAACCUUCCGCCCGACUGGCUGUCAUUGUCGCGGACCUGGGCGCACAGCUCAUUCUCUGCCGCCCAGAGACGAGGAAUGCGGUUAAGGAGAAUCAGGCUCGAGCACUCGUGGUCACCCCGGACAUAUUCUCCUCCUAUAGUGAAGAAAGCGAAGAAACGUGGUUCAAAUCACUCGAGCUCCUGAAGCCAUCGAGCGUCCUAGCUAACGACCCAGCGUACAUUGUCUUCACGUCCGGUAGUACCGGUAAGCCCAAAGGCAUUAUCGUCGACCAUGUGGCCCUGAGUUCCAGCACCAUGGCCCAUGGCAGGGCGAUCAAGAUUGAUUCCAAAACGCGAGUCCUCCAGUUUGCUGCAUAUACCUUUGAUGUCAGCAUUGGCGAUAUCUUGGUGACCUUAGCCCUCGGAGGCUGUGUAUGCGUGCCGUCUGAGGAGCAGCGGUUGGACGACCUUAGUGGAGGGAUCAGAGCACUCGGCGUGAACCACGCCUGCAUCACGAGUACCGUGGCCAUGCAACUAGAUCCGCAAACCGUGCCAUCCCUACGCCGGCUUGUCAUUGGCGGCGAGCCUAUGAACGAAGCUUUAAUUGAUAGGUGGGCUACGAAGCUUGACCUGAUCAAUAUCUACGGCCCCGCAGAGUGUACCGUCUGGUGUAUGGGGAAACUGGCUCUUACGCCCGGGGACUCUGCAAGCGAUAUUGGCCACGGGCUGGGUGCCCUGACCUGGAUCACAGAGAUCGACCAUCCGGACAAGCUUGCACCUAUUGGCGCCAUCGGGGAGCUCGUGCUCGAGGGUCCCACGCUAGCGCGAGGCUAUUUCCAAGACCCGGUCAAGACGGCGGAUUCGUUCAUCAUCAACCCACCAUGGCUACGAGCGAACAGCAGCAGUCGUGGUAAUGGGACGCGGCGUGUGUAUCGCACCGGUGAUUUGGUCCGUUAUGCUACCGAUGGAUCGAUUGUGUUUGUCGGGCGACGGGAUCGCCAAGUGAAACUGAGGGGUCAGCGGGUUGAGCUGGCGGAGAUUGAGCAUCAUCUCCGCCAGUGUCUGCCGCGGAACAAUGAGGCGGUCGUUGAUUUGAUCCAGCUUCAGGGGGGUACCAACAACCCACAGCUGGUUGCCUUGGUCAAGGCGAGCGAGGCUGCGGCUCGGGACAGCUUGUGUGCCGUGGUCGAAGAUCCAGCAACGCUCGACACCUUUCACAACCUGCUAACUGGAAUUGACGAGUCCCUGGCGUCGACACUUCCUUCCUAUAUGCUCCCUACAUUGUACAUCCCGAUGGAAGGCUUCCCUCUCUCCGCGUCCGGGAAACUCGAUCGCCGAAAGUUGAAAGCCACAAUCGAGAAUCUCCCCGCUUCUGCUCUCCAGGACCUAGCACCGGGGACGAGAGACUACGACGCACCGGACGGAGAGUUGGAGACUCUCCUUGGAUCUCUGUGGUCAGCCGUCCUAGAGUCGCACGACAACAUCGGACGGAAUGAUCAUUUCUUCCGGCGCGGCGGUGACUCGAUCAGAGCAAUGAAAUUGUCUGCAGCCGCUAGACGGCAAGGGCGACUCCUCUCGGUUGAUUCUAUCUUCAAAUACCCCUUGCUUUCAACCAUGGCCCUCCGACUGGAACGUAUAGUCGGGCCUGCCAGCAGCGGCGAGGACGUUGAUGAGCCGGACCCGGCCCCCUUCUGCCUCCUGGAAGCGGAUACAGUCACACUGGUGAAGGAAGAGCUCGCCCCGGGUUAUGGUAUCCCGGCAGACGAGGUGGAAGAUGCAAGCUUCUGCACCCCUCUUCAGGAGGGUCUCAUCUCGAUGUCCCUGAAGCAACAAGGCUCCUAUGUGGCGCGAGUGACUUUUGACCUCCCGCCCAACACUGACCUAGGGCGGCUCCAGGAUGCGUGGCACCAAAUGCUCCGAAACAAUCCGAUAUUGCGCAGCGUCUUUGUGAAUGCCAAGUCCGACGGGGUUCUACAGUUAGUCACCAAGAGUCAGGAGUCGCUCGUGGAAACAUGCCAUGGAGACGAGGUAGACGGUCGUGCUGCUCAAUUCCGCUUUGCGUUAGGGAGCCAAAAUAACCUGAUGCUGCUCGCCCGGGCCCGUGAGGGCAGGGUUCCAACCCUCACAUGGGUGCUGCAUCAUGCCGCAUACGACGGUUGGUCCCUUCAACAGUACUUGGCCGAGGUCAACAACCGCUACUACGGAUAUACCAUCGCCCCGGUGAGGUCCUUUGGGGCAUUUAUCAGACGUCUUCGAGCCAUGGACCGUGAUGCAGCGCAGGCAUUUUGGGGGCAGUAUCUCCAGGGGGCUCAGCUCUGCGACUUCCCUGCCGCACCCCUAGGAGAAUCCGGCGCAAGCAGCGCCAAGGUCCGCACGGAGAGAACAUUGGCGAUUCCACGCAGGGAGACAUCGGACGUCACCGUCGCUACCUUGGUGCGGGCCGCCUGGGCGGUGGUCAUCGGACGCUUCACUGGCUUGAAGGAUAUCGUCUUCGCCUCCACGAUGAGUGGUCGGAACGUCGAACUGACAGGCAUUGAUUCCGUGCGCGGCCCGACAAUCGCCACGAUACCAGUUCGCGUUCGACUUGAUCCAAACGUUACGGUGGCUGACUUUCUGCACACAGUGCAAGAGGAGACGAUAACGAUGAUGCCUUAUGAGCAUCACGGUCUCCAGAACAUUCAAAAAGUCAGUGACGAUGCACAGAAUGCGUGUGCGGCACGGUCGCUCCUUGUUGUGCAACCUGUGGAGUAUUCGCAGGGUCACCAAACACUCGAUCUCUUCCAUGGUUACUCGCAAGAACAGGAUGUCUAUACCUAUCCUCUCACGCUAGAGUGUAGGCUUGGAGCAGGUGGCACGAUCACCGUGGCUGCGACGUACGACACUACAUUUCUCUCCACCCCUUCUGUAUCCCAUCUUCUCGGAUAUCUAGACGACACAAUAAGCCUACUGUCCAGAUCUGUGGGUAGUCACCUUUCCUGGGACUCCCUUCUCGGACCCCAUGAGGAUGAUAUUGCCACCCUAAAGCACUGGAAUAGCCAUGUCCCGCCGGCGUCCCGGUUGACGGUCCAUGGUCUCUUCGAACAAUCGGCCCUCCAAGCCCCCCGAAAGAUCGCCCUUGACACAUCCGACAGCCAACUUACCUACGAGGAAGUUGAGAAGUUCUCCAUCCGUUUUGCCGGUCGUCUCCAAAUGGAUGGAAUUGGACGGGGCUCGCUGGUCGGUCUAUGCUUCGACAAGAGCUGGUGCGCAGUGGUGGCCAUGUUGUCUAUACUCAAAGUCGGCGGGGCUUUCUUUGCGUUGGAUCCCACCCACCCCCCAGAGCGCAUGCGGGAAAUAGUGAGUCGGAUGGGCUCGACCAUUAUUUUGACUAAUCGGAACAACUUGCACAAGGCGGAGCCUUUCCAUCACCGCGUGGUCUGCAUCGAAGACGCUCUGUCUCAAGAGACCCAGCCGGGGCUGCCCGAAUGUCCCGGUGAGGAUGUGCUGCCUUCAGAUUUGGCUUUCAUUCUGUUCACCUCCGGCAGUACCAGAAGGCCAAAAGGCAUCGAGAUCACCCACGGCGCGUUCUGCAGCAGCAUCCUGGCGCAUGCGCCGAGACUGGGCCUGACCCCUGCUUCGAGAGUGCUCCAAUUUUCCGCUUACACGUAUGAUGUCAGCAUGGCCGAGAUCUUCACGACCUUGGCAGUUGGCGGAUGCGUGUGCAUCCCUUCUGCCAAGGACCGCCUCAACAAUCUAUGUAGAUUUAUGAAUGAUCACCAGGUCAACUGGUCCUUCCAGACCCCCACGAUGGCUUCCUUCCUCCAACCGAGCGCGCUUCCGACGCUCAAGACAUUGGUUCUCGGGGGAGAAGGCGCCACGGAGCACAACCUGCAGACCUGGUCCAGUAAGGUUCAGCUUGUCAACAGCUACGGGCCAGCCGAAUGUUCGAUAUGGACCAAUUGCGCAGCGGGCAUUGCAGAGAGCGCUGACCGACGGAAUGUCGGCCUGCCCGUAGGCUGCUCCAUCUAUGUUACCGACCCCCAAGAUCCACAGCUCCUUCUGCCGAUUGGCGCGGUUGGUGAGUUGCUUGUCGGAGGCCCAAACAUUGCCCGCGGCUACUGGAAGGAAAGCGAUAAGACUGCCAGCAGUUUCCUGUGCAACUUGCGGUGGAUGCGGACGGUAGGAUGUACCGGCACGGUCUACCGAACGGGAGAUCUUGGACGGUAUUGUAGUGACGGGACCAUUGAGGUCCACGGACGCAAGGACCGUCAGGUCAAACUUAGAGGUCAGCGUAUCGAGCUUCCUGAAGUCGAGUACCGCCUCCGCCAGUGUCUCCCCCCCGGUGCUGACGUCGCUGUGGACGUGAUUCGUUCGGAGAGCGCUGGGCCUUCGGCCCAAUUGACUGCCUUCGUCGUUCUGCCGGAUCUUGGAGAGGGCGUGUCGAAGGCCCUCAGCGCUGGGAUCAUUACCAGCAAGCCGGUAAUGCACAAGCUCAAUAGUCUCGUCGAGGAAUUGGACCUGAGACUACCCGGGCUACUACCUCCCUAUAUGGUGCCCUCGCUAUACAUCCCAAUCACGGCAUUGCCACUGUCCGCCUCUGCAAAACUGGAUAGGAGUGUGUUACAAGCUUGGGCACAAAAGCUUUCCCGGGCAGACCUCUCGAAUCUCGUGUCUUCCGAGCGAGACGGUGGACCGCCUCAAGACCGUUGGGAGCUCCAACUACAAGAGCUCUGGGCGGACGUCCUUCGGAUUCCAGCGUCCGAUAUCCGACGCGGUGACCAUUUUUUCCGCCUUGGAGGCGACUCGAUCAAGGCCAUGCAGUUAGUUUCAGCCGGCUCUCGGCGCGACUUGCACCUCACUGUCGAAUUAGCCUUCAAGCAUCCAGUCCUUUGCCACCUGGCGGCGCAGAUGCGCAGGCGUCAAUCGGACGGUACAAUCCACCAGAUCUCGGCCACGCCGGCACCAUUUAGCCUCCUCGAUACCACGGACGAUAUCAGUCAACUCAAGGCCAAUGCUCUCGCACAAUGCGACCUCGCUGUCGAUGCACUGGAGGAUUUAUAUCCCUGCACCGCCCUACAAGAGGGAUUGCUCGCCUUGUCGCUCAGGCAACCGGGUACGUAUGUAGGCCAGUUCACACUAUCGCUGUCGGACCAUGUGGACCUGGACCUGCUGGAGAAAGCGUGGGUCGAUGUCGUUAACCGGACGCCCAUCAUGCGCACCAGGUUUGUCACUACAAACGAUGGGCGCUUCAUGCAGGCUAUCAUUCAAGACGAGUGUGUGGUCAGGCGCGUGGGCACGGAGGAUGCAGCUGAGCUUUUGCAGAACUUUCGGAUCGGGCCGGGGGGCACACCAAUGUCUCAAGUGAAUAUCUGCCAGAACCGUGUGGUGUGGAUAGCCCACCAUGCCGUAUAUGACGGGUUGACCUUCCAGAACAUUCUGAGAGACGUCGAGGCAACAUACAGAGGCAGAAAGAUCCAUAAUUCUGGCGUGCCAUUCAACCAAUUCGUUCGACUCUCGACGAUGGGGGACCUCGGAGAUGCUCAGAAUUUCUGGCGCGAGACGCUGGAGGGAGCCCAGAAAUGCGAGUUCCCAUCAUUGCCGACCUCAGACUACCAACCACGUCCGACAGGACUGAUAGACCGGCACAUCCGCUUUUCUCACACCAUCUGCACGGAGGUCACCAUCUCUAAUCUCUUCCGCGCUGCAUGGGCCUUGACAGUCGCCCAGUUGGUGGGUCAGGAUGAUGUUGUCUUUGGACUCACAGUCAGCGGUCGAAAUCUGCCCUUGCAGGGCAUUGAGUCAGUGCGAGGACCGACCAUUGCAACCGUUCCUACCCGCAUCCGAGUGCGGGAUGAGUGGACUGUCGAGCAGUUCCUCCAGCACGUCCAAGCUUCCGCAACUGCCAUGAUUCCGUUUGAGCACAUUGGCCUACAGAAUAUCAAGCGCCUCAGCGACAGCGCGCACUCCGUUUGUGAUAUGCAAUCUCUUCUCAUCCUACAGUUUCCAGAUCUCAAUCCGCAAGGUCCGGACGAGCCCGACCGCCCGAUCAUGUCGCAAGUUUCGGGAACGUCCUCAGACGGCUUCUACACGAAUGCCCUCAACAUCGAAUGCCUCAUGCACCAGUCAGGGGCAGAUGUGACUGUCUCAUAUGAUGAGAACGUCAUUCCAAACACCCAAUUACAGCGGGUGUUGACAUACUUUGAUGAAGCUAUUCAGCACCUGUCCACGGGUUCUCCAUUGACGCAAGUGGCCGACCUGAAGCGCCUCAGCGCGGUGGAUCAAGAGCAGAUCCAUGAUUGGAACAGGCAGUCACUUGAGUAUGCCGAUAGUUGCAUACAUGACAUGGUCAAUGAGCAAGCCCGGCGACAGCCUACUGCACCGGCGGUAUGCUCUUGGGAUGGCGACCUCACAUACGCCGAGCUCGUGAGCUUGUCUCUGCAGUUGGCCGGGCAUCUUCGGCAGACCCAUGGUAUUGGACCGGGAGAGUUCGUCCCUGUCUGUUUUGAGAAGUGCAAGUGGACCCAGGUGGCGAUCCUGGGGAUUCUCUGCGCCGGGGCGGCCUUCGUCCCGCUCGAUCCCAAAAAUGCCAAUUCCCGCAGAGAUGCCAUCAUCCACGAUGUUGCCGCCAAGGUUGUGCUUUGCUCCGACGGUCUUCAAGAGACCCUUGGGUCUUCGAGAGUCCAAUGUCUGGUCAUUGAUAAAGGACUGCUUCAUGUAGGUCGGCCUCAGGGCCUAGAUGCGAAGCAUCUGAUGCCGAUGUCCUCCUCGAAACAUGCCGCCUAUAUCGUGUUCACCUCCGGCAGCACGGGCGUUCCCAAGGGCAUCGUGGUCGACCACUCAGCUGUCAGUUCGAGUGCUUUGGCACAUGGACGCGCCAUGAAAAUCAGCAAGGGUUCUCGAGUUCUGCAAUUUGCAGCCUAUACCUUCGAUGUGAGUAUCGGGGACAUGCUUGUGACACUCGCCUUGGGUGGCUGCGUGUGCGUUCCAUCCGAAGGUGAAAGAAUCAAUGAUCUACCUGGUGCCAUGCAAAGGAUGCGUGUCAACCAUGCUUGUCUUACGAGUACUGUGGCCCUACAGUUGGAUCCCAAGGACGUGCCUGCGUUGCGACGUCUGGUUGUCGGGGGCGAACCAAUGGAUGAGAUUCUGGUCCAGCGAUGGGCAGACAAGGUAGGUCUGGUGAACAUCUACGGGCCUGCAGAGUGCACGAUUUGGUGUAUGGGCAAGGAAAUGUCGCGAGGAGACUCCUCUCAGAACAUAGGCUGGGGACUCGGUACUAUUCCCUGGAUUGUCCAGCCACACGAUCCGCACAAGCUGGUGCCCAUUGGCGCACCGGGCGAGCUUGUCCUCCAGGGCCCAACAUUGGCGCGAUGCUACUUCAAAGACCCACAAAAAACGAAGGCUGCGUUCUUGCACAAUCCGCCAUGGUUGCCCCAGACCUUGUCCCGACAAAGCCAACGGGUGUACUGUACUGGUGACCUCGUCCGUUACAGUGAAGAUGGGUCCCUUUGCUUUCUUGGGCGUAAAGAUCGCCAGGUCAAGCUAAGAGGCCAGCGGAUUGAGCUUUCUGAGGUAGAGGUCAGCCUCCGCCGAUUUCUCCCUCCUGACACAGAGGUCGCUGUCGAAGUGGUCACUCCCGGCGGUCCUUCUGCUGCACAAAGCCUGGGGGCCUUUAUCAGGAGUCCCUCUUCACCGGGUGAUUCGGGGGUUCCUGGGGUAGUGACGUCGACUGUUGCAAUCCAAGCUCUCCGUCAUCUAGUUCAGAGCAUCGAACCCCGGCUGUCGGAUAUCCUGCCGCAGUAUAUGCUUCCGUCGAUAUAUAUCCCGGUCUAUAGGCUUCCCCUGUCCACGUCUGCAAAGUUGGACCGUCGGACUUUACAAAGGUGGGCAGAAGGCCUAUCUCUUUCAUUCUUUGGGGACACUUCCAACAUUCCCACUGAGCAUCGUCGAUCUCCCGAAGGCGAGAUCGAACGGUGUCUCAGUUCUCUGUGGCAGACUAUUCUCAAGCUCCCCAAUGCUCCCGGGCGGGAUGACCACUUUUUCCGUCUCGGUGGGGAUUCAAUUCGCGCAAUGCAGCUGGUCAGCAACGCACGCCGCCACGAUAUCUUCCUGAGCGUCGACCAAAUCUUCCGGAACCCAAUUUUGCUUCAGAUGGCCACGGCUGCGGAGCAAGGCGCUAGCCCAAGCGACGAAGUCGUCCGCAAUGUACCCAGCUCGGUGGUGCCAUUUGGCAUUUUGGGUGUUUCGCACCAGGAGGUAGACAUGCUCAAACACGAAGUGAUUUCUCAGUGCCACAUCACAUCGGAAAACAUCGAGGACAUGUAUCCUUGCACCCCACUACAAGAGGGUUUGGUAGCAUUGUCCAUCAAGGAGCCCGGAGCAUACACUGCUCGUCUUUCAUUCCCGCUGUCUGCCGAAUUGGACACCAACAGACUCAAGCGUGCUUGGGAGAAUGUCGUGCGGAAGGUCCCGGCGCUGCGGACUGUGGUGUUCCACUCGAAGACUAGGGGGUUGAUGCAGGUUGUCUUGAAGAAUUUCUUUGCCUGGUCCGAGGAUGUUCCCGACGCUGGCGCGGUGGCCAUCGCCCAGCAGUUUACCAACCAAGCUAUGACAACGCCACUCUGCCGAUUCACCAUGACCGACCAGGUGUUGACCUGGGCUGUACACCAUGCUCUCUAUGACGCCUUUUCGUUGAAUCUAAUCUUCCGCCUGCUGGACUGGGAGUAUAGCCAGCCCGUUUCGAGUCCUCCCCCUUUGGUGGCGUGCGAAUAUCGGAGGUAUAUCGCAGGGGUUUAUGAACGUGAUAACUCACAGACCAAAGGCUUCUGGAAAACAUAUUUGGUGGGGACCCACGAUCCAACAUUUCCUCACCCCCCCAGGGCAGCAUACCGACCUAAAACACGAAAGACCCUUGCAACCAACAUGUCGGCUGAUCUGGGAGGGACUAUCACGACGACCGCCAACGUUCUGAGAGCCGCCUGGGCACUGACCGUGGGUGCAUACGCCAAUCUUGACCAGGUGGUCUUCGGAACCACCCUCCACGGUCGAGAUCCAACCUCUCCCUACCUGGCUCAGGCGGCGGGGCCGACGAUCGUCACGGUACCGGUGCGAGUAGCCCUUCGGAAACAGCAGACUCUCGGUGAGCUUCUGCAAGUGAUUCACGACGACUCCGCCAGCGUUACCGCACAUGGUCACCUUGGUCUACAGCAAAUCAGCCAGCUGAGCGAGGAUGCUCGCCGUGCAUGCGACUUUCAACACAUGUUCCUCGUCAAUGACGCAUCCACGGAGCAGAGCAUCUCGAAGGUACUCGGAACCCCACUUGUGGCGGACAACAACGAGACCUUUCAAAUGUACGCCCUCGAAGUCGAAUGCCAGGUCCAAGCCUCCAGCGUUCAAGCCAGGAUGUUCUAUGACAGCGAGGUUAUCAACGACACAAGGGCCCAAUGGAUGCUUGACCACUUCAACUCUGUUUGUCGCGCAAUCUGUUCGACCCCUGCUUCGACCAAGAUCUCCACGCUACAUCACGCCACAGCCAGCGAGCAUCAGGACCUUCUCAUCGCGAAUGAACCCCUUCCUGCCGAGGUGUCACGCACGAUACAUGGGAUGUUUUGUGACCAGGUGAAUACACAUCCUACCAGAACCGCCGUGCGUGCUUGGGACGGCACCUUCGACUAUCGAGACAUCGAUCGUCUCUCGGACAGCCUAGCCCAGCUGUUGUUGGAAAAGGGCGUCGGUCCAGGUUCUCAUGUGGUCAUCUGCUUUGAGAAGUCCAAGUGGACUUGCGUUGCCAUGCUUGCAGUCCUAAAGGCAGGCGGAGUGUGCGUCCCUCUCAAUGAUCAAUACCCUGUGGAAAGAGCGCACUAUGUCGUCGGCCACGUGGAGGCUGUUAUCUGCCUCUCCAGCGCCCAAUGCGCCAAUAUAUUUGACGGUUGCCCCGUUGAUGUGGUUCUCGUGAACCACGCCACGAUCGAUGGUCAAGCUGUCCGGCCCAGAAAGCUGCCCACCGUAGCCCCCGGGAACGCCGCGUUUGUCAUGUUCACCUCGGGAACCACGGGAUAUCCCAAGGGUGUCAUCCAGACUCAUGCCAACCUGGUCACUAGCACUUUGGCUAUUGGUGCCCGCAUGGGAUACAGUGCCGAUUCACGCAUCCUGCAAUUCGCUUCAUACACCUUUGAUGUUAGCCUCGGUGACAUUUUCGGGGCGUUCUUCUUCGGGGCGUGUGUAUGCAUCCCCUCUGAGCAACAGAGGCUGGAUUCUCUAGAUGACUUCAUCCGCAAUAUGGCGGUGGAUCAGGCGUGCCUGACACCCGCGGUGGCGCGGACCUUGGCUGGAAAGCCCCUGCCGACACUGGCCACCCUGAGCCUUGGUGGUGAGCCUCUUCAGCUGACCGACAUUCGCCAGUGGGCCGGGCAGGUUCGCCUGCUCAACAUCUACGGUGUGACCGAAUGCACCAUUUGGUGCGCGAUCAGUAACCCCAUCGAUCCAAGCUCCCGAUCGCCCCGGGAUUUUGGUUAUGGAAUGGGCUCACGACUCUGGAUUGUCGAUCCUACAGAUCCGGAUCAUCUCAUGCCCCCCGGGGCGAUCGGGGAGCUAUUGAUCGAGGGACCCAUUGUUGCCCAAGGAUAUCUCCACGACGAAACCAAGACCAAGACCAGCUUCAUCAGCAAUCCCAUAUGGCACCCUGCCGGGCAGCUCGGUGGCAUGGUCAGGCUCUACCGGACGGGUGACUUGGUCAGACAAGCGAAUGCCCGCUCGUACGAAUAUAUCUGCCGCAAAGACACGCAAAUCAAAAUCAAUGGACAGCGGGUCGAACUCGGCGAGAUUGAAAAUCAAAUCCAGCUGGCAAUCCCAUCACAGCUGCUAGCGGUUGUGGAGCAGCUGCCGGUCUUUGAUACUAGUAUUCUGGUCGCCUUCAUUGCGCCGCGCGAUCCUGCCACGGCGGCACCCCUGCUGGAAGCGGAACAGCCCUCGUUUGUGGCCCAGGUCAGGUCCGGUCUAUCCGGCGUCCUGCCCUCACACAUGCAACCAGCCAAGUACGUUUUCCUUGGAAGCAUGCCACUCUCCGCCUCUGGCAAAGUCAAUCGCCGAGCCUUACGAGACCAAGGGGAGGCGGUCAUCGCCGCUACGGGCUCCGAUGGGGCGGGAGCCUCCCAGCACUUGUCGGACCACGAGCACCAGCUUGGGGAGCUUUGGAAAUCAUGCAUCCACCUGGAGGGGUGCCAUCUUGGGCCCGACGACAACUUCUUUGCGGUGGGCGGUAACUCAUUGGCUGCCAUGCGCUUGGUUUCGCGCGCCAGAGAGGCCGGCCUCGGCCUCUCCGUCCAGACCAUCUUUGCGCAUCCCACCCUCGCCGACAUGGCCGUCCAGGCCGCCGCCGCCACCCGCCGGGAUGACUUACCAUCUUGGUCGUCUUACUGCCCAUUCGAGCUGGUCCAGGACCUGGGGGAGACGUCGGUCAGGGAGACAGUGAUAUCCGCCACCGGCAUCGAGAGUCGAGACAUCCUCGACAUUCUACCCACAUCAACGCUUCAGCAUGAUUACAUGGUCGCGGCCGAGUCGAGUCCGGGCUGGUUCUGCACGCAGUUUGUCGUUCAGCUGCGGCCCUCUGUUCAGCUGGAACAAUUGCUGCGUGCAUGGGAGAUGUUGUUUGAGUCCCAUGAAAUCUUUCGCACCAGAAUCGUCAAGGACGGUGCACGCUACCUACAGGUGGUUCACCGCGCGACAUUCGCCGCGGCAUUGUCCCGGGAUCUGGAGGAGUAUCUGAAGUCCGACCAGCGAUGCCCAUUCCUCCCUGGCGGCGAGAUGCAACGGAUGGCCAUUAUACAGGACUGGGCCGGGGUUCCAACGCACCUUGUCUGGUCCGCUCAUCACGCCAUUUAUGACGGCUGGUCCAUUCGGCUGAUUCUCGGGCGCCUCAGCCAGAUCUACGGGGCGACCUCCGAGACCUGCAUCAUCGAGCCUCUCGGGAAGUACAUCAAGCAUCUCUCACAGAUCAAUCCGCUAUCCGCCCGCGAUUUCUGGGCCUCCCAGCUCUCGGAGAUGCACUGCCAGCCACUGACACCUUGGCCCUCCGAGAAGCAAGUGUGUGCCAGUGCGUUCUACGAACACCAGCUGGUCACACCCACCCUGUCGAACGACCGCGGUAUCACCCUGCCAACGAUGAUCUACACCGCGAUGGGCUUGCUCGUAGCCCAGCGGUCCGGGAGUCCCGACGCCGUGCUUAGUCUGACGCUGACCGGACGGAACGAGGCGAUCGCCGGGGUGGAGGCGGUCAUUGCGCCCAUGAUUACCAUGGUUCCCCUACGGAUUCACGUCGACCCCACGACCCCGCUGGAGGUCCUUCUCCGCGAGGUGCAAACCCGACUCCAGGACAUGAUUCCCUGGGAGCAUACCGGCUGGAGCAACAUCGCACGGAUGGGACCGGACUGUAGGACCGCCUGUGCCAAUGCGUUCCCGCUGGUAGUUCAAGCCUUCGAGGAUGGGCCUACCUAUGAAGCAUCUCCCAUCGCCGAGCAGAUGCGUGCGAUCCCUAUGGGGGCUCCCCAGUUGCCGAUUCUGAGCGAGUGCAGCGUGCAGGAGUCGGUCAUGACCAUCUCCUUCCGCCACGAUCCGGACCUGUUCGGCCCACGCGUCAUCGCGGACAUGUGUGUUGAUUUUGAAUCCUUGCUAAUUGGGCUUAGUGGCACGGAUACCACAAAGUGCAUUGGAGAGUUGUACGGGGAGAUCGCCACAUGCCCUCCGAAGAGAAUAGCCUAAAAUCGCCGUUGUAGGUGCCUUGGGUCCCGACCUCGAUGUCAACGUCUGGAUGGGGAGGGAGGC